AUGGCUCCGACACACGCCCCCGCGGAGCCUGCCAAGCGCCGCCGUAUCGGUGUCUUGACCUCUGGCGGUGAUGCUCCCGGUAUGAACGGCGCCGUCCGUGCUGUUGUUCGGAUGGCUAUCUACUCUGGGUGUGAAGCCUAUGCCGUCUACGAAGGUUAUGAGGGUCUGGUCUAUGGCGGAGAUAUGAUCCGUCAGGUACACUGGGAAGAUGUCCGUGGCUGGCUCUCCCGGGGUGGUACCCUGAUCGGUUCAGCUCGUAGCAUGGCUUUCCGGGAACGUGCCGGUCGCCUGAAGGCCGCUAAGAACAUGGUCGUCCGAGGCAUUGAUGCCUGGUGGUUUGCGGUGGUGAUGGAAACGGGCGAAUUGACUGAGGAGCAGAUUGUCCCUUACAAGGUGUUGAACAUCGUUGGUCUGGUGGGCUCGAUUGAUAACGACAUGUCCGGCACAGACGCUACCAUCGGCUGUUAUUCCUCCCUCACCCGCAUCUGUGAUGCUGUCGAUGACGUUUUCGAUACUGCUUAUUCCCACCAGAGAGGCUUCGUUAUUGAAGUUAUGGGACGUCACUGUGGCUGGCUGGCGUUGAUGUCGGCUAUCAGUACUGGUGCCGACUGGCUCUUCAUCCCCGAGAUGCCACCCCGCGACGGUUGGGAGGAUGACAUGUGCUCUAUCAUCACCAAGAACCGUCAGGAGCGAGGCAAGCGGAGGACGAUCGUCAUUGUGGCUGAGGGCGCACAUGACCGCCAACUCAACAAGAUCACCAGCAGCAAGAUUAAGGACAUUCUGACCAACCGACUUGACCUGGACACUAGGGUGACCGUCCUGGGUCACACUCAACGAGGAGGAGCAGCAUGUGCCUAUGACCGUUCCCUCUCGACCCUACAGGGCGUGGAAGCCGUUCGCGCCGUUUUAGAUAUGACUCCCGACUCUCCGUCCCCGGUCAUCACCGUCCGCGAGAACAAGUUGCUGCGCACGCCAUUGAUGGAUGCAGUCAAGGCCACGAAGGAAGUCGCCGACCUUAUCCAUGAGCGCAAGUUCGACGAGGCUAUGCACCUGCGUGACUCCGAAUUCAAGGAAUACCAUUUCGCGUACAAGAACACUGCUACCCCCGACCACCCCAAGUUGAUACUCCCAGAAAACAAGCGGAUGCGCAUUGCCAUUAUUCAUGUCGGUGCCCCUGCCGGAGGUAUGAACCAGGCCACCCGCGCUGCCGUCGCCUACUGCCAGACUCGUGGACACACGGCCCUUGCCGUUCAUAACGGUUUCCCCGGCCUCUGCCGGCACCACGCAGACACCCCCGUUAGCUCUGUGCGCGAGGUUAGUUGGGAGGAGCAGGAUACCUGGGUUAACGAAGGUGGUUCAGAUAUCGGAACCAACCGAAGCCUGCCGUCCGAGGACUUCGAGACCACUGCCAAGUGCUUUGAGAAGUUCAAGUUCGAUGGUCUGUUUGUGGUUGGUGGUUUCGAGGCUUUUACCGCUGUUAGCCAAUUGCGCCAGGCCCGCGAGAAAUAUCCGGCCUUCAAGAUCCCCAUGGUUGUCUUGCCGGCCACCAUCUCGAACAACGUUCCCGGUACCGAAUACUCCCUCGGUAGCGACACCUGCCUGAACACUUUGAUCGAGUUCUGCGACGCUAUCCGUCAGUCCGCGUCAUCCUCCCGCCGUCGUGUCUUCGUUGUCGAAACCCAGGGUGGUAAGUCCGGUUACAUCGCCACGAGCGCUGGUCUCGCGGUGGGUGCCUCGGCCGUCUACAUCCCGGAGGAAGGCAUCGAUAUUAAGAUGCUGGCGCGCGAUAUCGAUUUCCUGCGCAACAACUUCGCCCACGACAAGGGUGCCAACCGCGCCGGAAAGAUCAUCCUGCGCAACGAGACCGCUUCCAGCACCUACACCACACAGGUCAUCGCCGACAUGAUCAAGGAAGAAGCCAAGGGCCGCUUCGAGUCGCGUGCGGCAGUCCCCGGCCACUUCCAGCAGGGUGGCAAGCCCUCUCCGAUGGACCGAAUUCGCGCCCUGCGCAUGGCCAUCCGAUGCAUGCAGCACAUCGAAGGCUUCUCGGGCAAGUCCGCCGAGGAGAUUGCCGCCGACGAGCUUUCUGCGACCGUCAUCGGCGUCAAGGGGUCCCAGGUGCUCUUCUCCCCGAUGGGCGGCGCCAACGGCCUGGAGGCGACCGAGACCGACUGGGCCCGCCGUCGUCCCAAGGAUGAAUUCUGGCUCGGCUUGCAGGACACUGUCAACAUUUUGGCCGGUCGCGCCAGCUUCGGCGAGGGCAAGUCGAGCUGGUCUUGCUACGAAAACUGUUAA